GCAGCUGUGGCGUUCCAGCGGCGCUUGGCCCUCGACAGGGUGAAGGUGAUUCGCCUGAUGGUGCGGGAGAUGCAGAGGAAGCGUCGCGGACACUCGCUCGGCUCCGUCACAUCACUCUAAUCAUCGAAACACUCCGCAUCCAAGGCUCGACCUCACCCCUCUCAUCGAGGACAGACGGAUUAAAGACAUUUUCUCAGUGAGGUGGUUUUAUUCGUGGAUGCGUAUGCAUGUGUUCUGCACCGAACGGGCGAAAGAACCGCCCCAGAUCCGCAGCCAACAUUUUUCAAAUCGGCAAGACUUCGAUUGACAUUCUAUGUUGUGCAAUUUCUUCCAGUGAUAUGCGAGAAAUGAGAAACCUUUUAAGCAAACUCAGGGAGACAAUGCCUUUGCCACUGAAAAAUCAAGAUGACAGCAGUCUGCUAAAUCUGACUCCUUAUCCGCUGGUGAGGCAGAGGAAGAGGCGAUUCUCCGGGCUUUGUUGCCUUGUGUCUGGCUGAACUUUCAAUACUCUCAGUCUCAAGUCGUCUUUUCUGAUCAUUGAUCAAUUUACGCUUCACUCGUCUCCUUCGUGUCUCUGGAACGGUUUUGCUAAUGUAACUUGUCCUUGGACUGUGUCAAAACUACAUAAUCCCUUGUUGGAGGACAGAAUCCCCUUGACUCAAAACCCUGCCUAUUGAGUUUUUAAGCAAAAUCAAUUGUCUAUUUUUAGUUUCCAAGAGAGGUUCAUUCUUUGUCAUGUGCUGUGAAACCAUAUGAUUGUACAAAAAAGCAAGAGAAUGAAGUAAAAUGGCAUCUGUCUCUGAUUUUCAUAGUCAUAGAGUUUGUUGUCAGUGAAAGGGCACGUUUAGUUAUAGGAUUGCUGUAUUUCAUCUUCUUGCUUCUUGUUUUUUUCUUCUAUAUAAAUUUAGUCACUGUGCAAUGCUUUUAAUUUAGUCUUCCAUAAAGGGGAAAUGUUGUAAAUAUUAUAUUAGUCAUUUUAAGGGCACAAGAGCGCUCGGCACUAAAGCCAUUGCUAUUUAAUUUUAAGCUUGAAACAA